AUGCAGCUGUGUUUGACUCAACCACAUUCCUGGACACUGCUCCUACUACUGUCCAACCUGCUCCUGUGGGACAAUGUGGCAUCAGUACCAAUGUGUGCAAUGAGGAAUGGUCGCUGCUUUGUGUCCUUGAAAGACAUGUUUCAUAUAGCAGGCAGUUUGGCUCGUGAAAUCAGUCAAGAAGUUACAGGAAUGGUCAAUGAGUUUAAAAACCACUAUGCUAAAGUCCAUGGGCUCCAGAACACAGCCCUCACCAGCUGCCACACGUCUUCCCUCCGCAUUCCAGAGAACAAGAGGCAAGCCAUGAAAACAAAUUAUGAAGUCUUAUUGAAAUCGGUGGCCACUAUUUUGGGUGCUUGGGAAAAUCCAAUGCAACACCUAGUGAAAGAACUAUCUACCUUGAAAGAAGUCCCUGCUGAUGUCAUCUCCAAAGCCAAAACCAUUAAGGAAAAGGAUUCUGGACUGUUUGAGGGGGUUAAGACCCUUUACAACCUGGUUGGAAAUGGAAAAACAGAGAACUACCCUGCCUGGUCUGGACUGCCAUCCUUGCGGUCAGACAAUGAAGAUGCUCGAAUUUUGGCUUUGUAUGACAUGAUCAGCUGCCUAAACCGUGACUCUAAGAAGAUUGAUAUUUAUCUAAACAUCUUGAAGUGCAAAAUUUCCCAACUGGAAAAGUGCUAA